AACCGAAUUCUCCCUCAAGGCGCUUAGCUGAACCCACCAAAAUUCCGACCAGUACCUUACCACUCCGACGUUGGUUUAAGUGUGUUAACUGGAAAAGCAGCUUUUGUCGAAUCGCUUGAGCGUGUGUCGACAUUACAUAAAGCCAUUGUUAUUCAAUUUCAUUAGUCUCUUCUAAACGAACUAGUUGUUUUCUGUGUCCUGCCAAAGAAUAAUAAGGCAAAAUGAGCGGUUAUCCAGCACGUUGGAACUCACUGAAAGAUGUCCUGGUUGGUCUACGGGAGAUCUUCGCAUCGGAUAAUGUAGACGUGGAUGAGGUUAAGCGCCUUCUCAACUCAUACAAAUCCAACCCGAAAGACUGGAAACAGUUCUGCUCGUGGGAUUCAGCCAAGUACACGCGCAAUCUGAUCGAUGCUGGCAAUGGAAAGUACAAUGUGAUCAUCCUAUGUUGGUCAGAAGGUCAAGGUUCGCCUAUUCACUCUCACGCCAACGCCCAUUGUUUCGUCAAGGUUCUGGAUGGGCAGGUUAUGGAGACCAUGUACCAGUGGCCAGACAGUGAGGAUGACGAGCAGCCGAUGCGCGUUUUCAAAAAAGGCAGUCUGUUCACCAACGAAGUCACAUACAUUAACGACACCAUUGGGCUCCACCGCAUGGAAAACCCAAGCCACACGGAAGGCUUAGUCACACUCCACGUCUACAUUCCCGGUUAUCAAGAAUGCACGACCUUUGAUGAGCGUUCUGGCCAUCGCAACGUCUGCAAAGUGGUGUUCCACAGCAAUUCGGGUGAGUCAUUGGACUACGGCAACUCACGACCUGGCUGCAGCGAACAAGCCCUGCCGGCGCCGAACGAGGGGACACUGGAGCUUCCUGAGGCGCACAAUUGCUCAUCGGAUGUCUGUCCAUCCACAUCGGCUGCGGCCGAUCGCAGCGGAUCCAGUUCAUCGGAUGAGGAUUCCUCCAGUCAUGAACUGGACUACUCACAUUCGGAGAUGGAAUCCUUCGAGAUCACUUUCUCCAAUUUCUCCCGCCGUGACGGCAACAAGAUCGGUCGGAUUUCCCUGGCGCACAAUCGUCUGCGUGUCGUCCCGCGCAAAAUCAGCAUCUUCACCAAUCUGAACUUCCUUGACCUUUCCGGUAAUAUGAUCGACAGCCUCUCGCCAGAGAUCCUGAAACUAACGCAGCUACGGACACUGAUUGCCAAGAAUAAUCGCCUGACGGCGGAGGGCAUUCCCAAGGAAUUGUACCAGUUAACGGAACUGCAGCACGUGAAUCUCAGUGGGAAUCCCCUCGGACAUGUGCCGGAAGUGUUGUCCGUUAUGAAGAAUUUAGUGUUCCUCCAGCUUGGCAGCUGUGAGCUAGAAGAAAUUCCCGAAAUAUUAACAAAUACACCAAGUAAGCUGGAGGUGUUGUACCUGGGUGGAAAUCGUCUUUCAUCGGUGCCAGAGGAAAUCGGCUACUUGGAUAAUUUGCAAGCACUGCAUCUUAAUGGCAACGAACUGGAAGCGCUGCCACCCUCGAUCGCCAACUUGUCACAAUUGAAAUCCCUUUCAUUGCAUCAGAACCGUCUUUCAGCCCUGCCUAGCGAAAUUAUCAGACUAGAUAACCUUCGCGAGCUCAGCUUACGCGAAAACCCACUUGUACGGCAUUUCGUGCGCUUCUUAAUAUUUCAACCACCAACCCUGCAAGAAAUUGCCGGGCGUGUGAUUAAAGGAAAAAAGAUUUUGUAUCAAGGACAGCUACCUACAAAUUUGAUCCAGUAUCUGAAUUCCGCACAUCAUUGCGUAAAUGCUCGUUGCAAAGGUGUAUACUUCGAUACCCGCUUCGAGCACAUCAAAUUCGUGGAUUUUUGCGGCAAAUACAAAGUACCAUUCCUGGAAUAUUUGUGUUCUCCACGCUGCAUUCCUAGCAGUCCAGUGCCUUUAACAGAAACACCCGAUCAAGAGGAAGCUGAUAUGAUGAAAAAGGUUUUACUGGGAUAGAAACGGAUGCAAACUGGUUCAGACGAAUUAUUCGGCAUCUUUUGUGCUACCAUUGGCUGCUUUCUGAUUGUGUUGUUGUUUGCUGAUCCCGUAUCGGAAAUUGGCAGGUCCCAGUGUGUUGCAUUUCCAUUUUUGAUACAUGUCUCAUUUGUGCGAUACUUCCAACAUUUCUUUUGCGUUAUGGAUUUCAUGAUACUGAUUAUUAUAUCUGUCCUAUACUAACAUAAUUUUGCUGCUCCAGAAUAUGCCAACGCCAAAUUUUUGUGAUUGCUCCAGCAAUUUAAACAAUAAAAAAAGAUACAGCUUUG